AUGUUUUUGUUUUGUUAGAAUUUAAAAGAAUACUUUUUCAAAUAAUUUGUUGAUAUAGUUUAAAAAUUUAUUUUUAUUUUAAAAAAAAGUGAAACAUAUUUCUGUUUCUUAGAUAAUAGAGACAUAUCUGUUAAUUCUUUUAACCUAAUUAAAAUAUUUUAAGGAUAUUUUGAAAAUCUGUCUGAACUUUCUUUUGAUAGUUUUAAUGACUUUCGUUAGGAUUUUAAUUCUUUAAUAAAUUUCGCAAGUCUUACUAAAUUAAGUAUUUAAAGUAUUUGGAGUUUAAGGAAUAUUAAAUUUGAUUUUUGGUCAGCUUUAACUAAUUUUUGCAAUCUCACUUGCUUAGAAUUAGAAUUUGAUGAAUAAAUUGAUGAAUUCUAAAACAUGUUUGAUGCCUUAUCAAAAUUCAAAAGCCUAAGAUAAUUCAAAAUAAAAUCUGGUAUACAUAAUAGCUAUAACGAAUUUGAUGCUCUCAUUAAAUAAUUUUCAAGAAAAAUAAAUUGCAAUAAUAUCCUCAAUACAUUUGAGUUUUUAAUUCAUUUAAGGUAAAAUUAAUAAAUAAAUUGA